AUGGAAACGCUCUCUGUCGAACUGCACGCACAAAUAUUCGAAUUCGCCUGCGUGGACGGUGGCGCGACCGCUCGCGCGCUCGCACUCGUCUCGCACUACAUUCGCGAAGUCGCUAGACCCUUCUUGUACCAGUCGCUCGGCAUCAGCGGCCACACAUGCAUAUCCGAAUUGCAGUCACGGCUCGCGUCGCUGCCCCCCUAUCUCCGCCGCAUUCGCCACCUCUUUCUGUCCGACUGGGAGCUUUCGCGGAUUGGCGAGCGUGCAUCUUCAGAAGAGAAGGACGUGGAGAGGUACGAACGAGAGAAGAUCGCUGCUAUGCAUAUUUUAGCACUGGCUGCACCUACGCUAGAGUCACUCACGAUCAUCGCCUCAUGUCCGUAUACCAGCACCUCGCUCAUCGCGCACCUAUACUCUCUACCGCUUCCGCACCUCCGCGAGCUCUCUAUCAGGGGUUUCUACCCGUUUCCAGUUGGGGUAGCGCAGAUGCCGGUGCUGGAACGCCUGUAUCUUGGGGGGAACCGGAAUCCACACGGCCUCCUACGACUAGGAGCCCUGGAGGCAGCAUGCCCAGGCCUUACGCACCUUUGUGUUUCCGGGCUAAUCUCAGCGGUCUCGUUCGCCAACGAGCUCCGCGAAGCAUCACUCCGUCUAGACGACGCGCACCAGGCUAAGUUCCCUGCAGUACUUCCUCGCACCCUUCGACACAUUGCGAUAAAUCCAGGAUCCCUGCCGACGAAAACGUCUGCAACAGCACGCAUAUCACAUCAAAAAAUGCUCUGCAUACUAGAGGAGAUGGUUGCUUGUUGUAGCGAAAGUCAACCAGUUCAAUUGACGCUGCAUAACGAGUCCAAGGAUUCUUACAGAGAGAUGCUGCGUCAUUGGGAAGGGCGAUUACUAGGGCACGAUGGCUGUUGGCCUUAA